CUCUCAGCAGGCUGAUUAUUUACUUUCAUGGAUCCAGGUCAUAGAUCCGGAAAUCUGAUCUACCGCGCAUCUAUGAUAGAUGCAUGAGCAAACUGUUUGCGAUUCUAGACUCAGAUCCAAGCCGAUGGAACGGUCAUAGAUGAGCGAUGGAUGAGCAGAAUUUGAAUACAGUGUUGAACGAUUAAGUUGAAAAGAAACUAUUCAUUUCAACCAAUCAGAACACUUGACUUUACGGGCGAAGAAGAAGAAGCGUGCUGUAAACAACCGGCUAACCUCCAAAUAUGUGAUCCUCUGAAUUCUGAAAGUCUAAAAGUAAUAAAUUUUUCCGAAAAUCGGAAAAUCAAGUUUUCACCGUCAGUGUCUUUAUUGCAAGUUUUACUUUGCUGUGAGUUUCUUUUUGGAAUCAAUUUCGUAAUUUCACUCCACUUAUAAUUUUUAGAUUUUCUGCCUUUGAUUCUCCCUAAAAAUGAUAUGGACCUAGCUUUACAUUGAUUGAAGUCAUAAAUUUCUUUUCACCUCUAUUCUAAGUUUAUACGCCUCCCAUUCAAUGCGAUUUAUAAAAACGUGCAGCUCUAAUAUUUUCAAGUUAAAUCAAUUGUUCGUGAGCUUACGUCUCGCUGUUAUCUGGGUCCUUUUCCAUCUAGCAAUGCACUUUUCUCAUGCGUUCACCGUUCCUUUGGGAGUAGUGUAUUUCACUACAGUUCGAAGUCUUUCGCUCCGGCCUGUAGUUGUAUACACUGUCCUUUCUAGCUACAGAUUUUAACUGUGAAUAAACGGCCCAUUUCUACCCAUGUAUUUUACCAAGUUAAUGCUAGUGUCCGUGCCAUAUUUUUAGUGGUUUUUUCUUUACUUUUGUGUGUGUGUGUGUGUUGUGAAGUGUAGUUGUAUUUAAAGAAGAUGAGCGACACCAAGAAAAAGAGGGUCACAAUGAGUGACAAGCAGCGCAGUCUGCUUGUUCAAUAUAUGGCAAAACACACCAUAUUUGCGAAAAGUGGUGUGAGCCCAGGUCAGAAUAACGUGAAGAAGACGGUCGAUCAGUGGGAUCGGCUGAUCAAGAUCCUGAAUGCCAAUGGUCCACCCCGGAGUAAAGCGUCAUGGAAACAGACUUGGAGUGACCUGAAAAAAAGGAUUAAGAAAAAGGCUGGAUAUCUGGCAAAAGCAACAAGGAAGACCGGAAAUGUGAAGGCAAUUGAUGACAAAGGUCGAGAGGUGCCACCCUUAACUGCUGAGGAGCAGCAGAUCGUCGAUCUUUGCGGAGGCAAAGAGUGGGUUGGUCAGCCGGAAGAGGAGGAAAUUGGUCUUCCUCAACAGGAAACUCCAGUUCGCCAGGGUGACUCAACCUCCGAACCUUCUGAACCUUCUGAUCCUCGAGUUGUCCCCACUGCUUCCACAUCCAGAUCCGGUAAUGUGGAUGUAUCGGAGACUUGGGAGUAUUUGAUAACCCCUAAUUUAUCACCUGUGAGAGUGGCAGACCGUCAUGAUGAGGUAAGCUGUGCAGAGGAGGAGGAUGAGGGACCCUCGGAGAGAGAAUCGGAGAGCGAACCCUCAGAGAAAGAAUUGGAGAGCGGACCCUCAACCCAAAUACCUCAAAAACCCACAGGUUCAUCAGCAAAUGAGGAGGAUCCUGGUCCACCAGCUAAACGUCCACGCACAAAUUUGAGAGGACAGUAUCAGGACACAUCCAAAGCCUACGUCUCUGUUACCAUGGAAUCCAUCAAAGCUACAAAGGAACUUGCUGCAGCAAUGAAUAAUUUAGCCGCGUCAAUGAACAAUGCAGCCUCGUCAAUGAACGCUAUCGCAACGGCCAUGACUAAUGCAUCAACCGCCCAGUGCGAAUCGAAUUUGGGAUUAGGUCUAGCGCUUGCCCGCCUCAGUGAUAAAGUAGGAAGACUUAUCGGAGGAGAUGAAGAAGAAGAGUGAUAUGAAGAUGUGAAUAUUUCUACAUUAUUAUAUACUUUUGACUCUUUCAAAAUAUUGUGUAUCCAGGAGAGGAUAUCAUACUUUCUAAAAGACUGAUUUUUCUAUUAGACUGAUUUUUUUUCUUGUGUCUGAAAAAAGAUGUAGAUGUUAAGAUGUUGCCAAAGGUCAGUUUAAGCUUCAUUGAUGUUACCUGUUAAUUUAAAUUGUUGAGCUCUAUCGUAUUAUCUGACCAAAUUGUGAUUUUUUUCUAGUUUUUUCAUUUGUUACUCAAGAUCUCUCUUUUAUUUGUCUUUCUCUUGUUCCUAUUCAUUUUGAUAGAAGUAUUUUGUUCGGUGAUAAAUUGACUUCAAUAUUUAAGCAGAGAAUUUGAAAUUGCCACUUAAAGAUGUUGCCAAUGGUCAGUUUAAGUUUCAUUGAAGUUACCGGUUUAUUUUAAAUUGUUGAGCUCUAUCGUAUUAUCUGACCAAAUUGUGAUUUUUUUCUAGUUUUUUCAUGUGUUACUCAAGUUCUCUUUUUUAUUUGUCUUUCUCUUGUUCCUAUUCAUUUUAAUAGGAGUGUUUUGUUCGGUGAUAAUUUGACUUCAAUAUUUAAGCAGAGAAUUUGAAAUUGCCACUUAAAGAUGUCAGUUUAAGUUUGAGGCUACCUGUUUAUUUGAAACUAUUGUGCUUUAUAGUUGUAUUUCAUCAAAUUGUGAUUUUUUUAUAGUUUUUUCAUUUGUUACUCAAGAUCUCUUUAUUUGUCUUUCUCUUGUUCCUAUUCAUUUUAAUAGGAGUGUUUUGUUUGGUGAUGAAUUGACUUCAAUAUUUAAGCAUAGAAUUUGAAAUUGCCACUUAAAGAUGUCAGUUUAAGUUUGAAGCUACCUGUUUAUUUGAAACUAUUGUGCUUUAUAGUUGUAUUUCACCAAAUUGUGAUUUUUUUCUAGUUUCACUUGUUACUCAAGAUAUCUUCUUCAUUUAUUUUCUCUUGUACCUGUUCAUCUUAAUAAAAGUGUUUCAUUCGGUGAUAAA